GACACCCACAUAUACCCUCUCUCUUCCCUCUCCCUCACCAUCCCACCGGCUCUGCCGACGUCACCCAACCGCCUUCACGUAACCGCUUUCUCUGCCCGCACCGACGACGUCCCAACAUCGGGCUUCCGUCGCUACCAUGGCACAAGUCACCCCCGAAGUUCUAUGGGCCCAGCGCUCAUCUAAUACCGAUCCGGAGAAGAAUUUCAUCUACCUCACAAUCUCGGUCCCGGACGUACUCAAGGAGAAUCUGAAGCUCGAUGUACAGCCGACAACGCUCACCUUCACCGGUCACUCUGAGACCUUGAAGCGGACCUACCACCUGGAACUUGCCUUCUACGGCGAAAUCGAUGCCGCCGAGACCAAAAUCAACCAUACCUCCCGCAACGUGGAGCUGAAGUUGCGCAAGAAGGAGCUCAACGAAGAGUACUGGCCACGACUCUUGAAGGAACCGAAGAAGGUUCAAUUUCUGAAGACCGACUUCGACAAGUGGCUCGAUGAGGAUGAGCAGAACGAGGCUCCCGAGGAGGACUUCUCCCAGUUUGGCGGCAUGGGAGGUAUGCCUGGUAUGGGCGGUGGCGAUUUUAGUGGAAUCGAUUUCUCCAAGCUGGGCGGCUCCGACACUGCCGCCGGUAUCGACGAGGAGGAGGAUGAUGAUUCGGACGACGACAUGCCAGCUCUCGAAGGCGAAGAGGAGGAGGCCAAAGGAGAGGCCAAAGGGGAGGCCAAAGACGAGGUCAAAGAAGAGGCCAAAGGAGAGAAGGAGGAUGCAGCCAAGACGCCUGCGUAAGUUCUCUAGGACCUCGGCGGAUCGCCAGCUCCCUCUCCACAAUUGCCCGACACCCGCGGGCUUUGUUGGUCCUGUCAGGUCCUGAGAAGAUGCUUCAGGCGUGCGAAGAGGGAUUGACAAGUGGCCGUGCGGUUUACGCGUGUUUCGGGA